AUGUUUAUGUUAGUAAUUGCCACUGUUAUGUACCUUUGGUUGUCGCUGCUGUGUAGUCAGUACAUCGCCUUUAGCAGAGAACAGCUGUACGUAUCGACGAUCCUUGCCUGUGCCUUCCUCAACGGUUGUGUACCGUUACUUUACGAACAAAUAUGUAACGCUGCUUUUCCAAUCCCAGAGGGUAUCAUUGUUGGAAUAUCUGCCAUUGUGACAACGUUGGCUGGCAUUCUGUAUACAUUACCGUUGUCUCUCUUCGUGUUUGAAGGUAACACGUGGUUAGAAUGGUCAUUACUCGUGGCGUGUGUGCUUGGUUGUAUUGUCAUAUUGGUCACUCCCCAGAGAAACGGGCGAGAAGAUAUGGAUUUGUCUAUUCGCGUGACUAAACCUGUGCCUUAUGAAAGAUUCGGAAAGGAGCACAAAGUCUUGUUUGUGGAGUCUGAAACGAAAGUUCCAGAGAACGCUUGA